AUGCCCAAAGUCCUCAUUCUCGGUGCAACUGGCUAUGUCGGUCGCCAAAUUGCCAAUCUCCUUGUUCAGAGUGGACAACACACCGUCUACGGAGUGACCCGUACCCCCGCCAAAGCAAAGCAACUGGCCAAAGAAGAGAUCAUUCCAAUUGUCUGCCCAGACCCAGUAAACCAACCAGGACCCUAUCUGGAUAUCAUCCGCUCCAAGCAUGUCGAUGUGGUUGUAGAUGUAGCUGGCGCCUAUGCUGGUUCGUACAGAUUCCUUGCCGACGUGGUUUCAGUCAACAAGGAGCGCAUGGCUGCGUCCAACGCUCGAGGUGUUCAGACCUCGAAAUUGGGGUACAUAUAUUGCUCGGGGACAUGGGUUCACGGCUCGUCCAAUGAGCCCGUGAAUGAUCUUGACAUCGUCGGGGACGGAGCCGGCACGCUUCCAGAGGAAUUGGUGGCCUGGCGAGUUGGGGUGGAGAAGGCUGUGCUUCAGGCAUCAGACGUUCUUGAUAUCAUGAUCCUGCGACCAGCUCUGAUCUAUGGACGAGAAAGCACCAUUUGGACCCCUUUUAUAACUCCCGUGCUGGAGGCUGCGAAGACGGGGGCUCAGAACGUGGAAAUCCCACUAGAUGCUCAGUCUCGACCUGGCCUGAUCCACGUCGAUGACGUGGCGAAAGCUUUUGUUCGUGCGAUUGAGAAAGUACACCUUUUCCCCGGCACAGGAGUAUACCCCGUCUUUGAUCUGGUGACCAGCCAGGAGAGCAUGCGCGAUAUCUUCAAUGCCCUGUCUUCCACAUGGGGAUUCAAGGGAGGAGUGGAACUAAAGGGACACGGCGGUGAUCUAUUUUCCAAGGCAAUGUGCACCAAUUUCCGAGGAUCUUCUGCGCGGGCAAAGCAACUGUUGGACUGGCAGCCAACGAGGUUGAAUGGUUUCGUACAAGAUAUGGAUAUCUAUGCCGCUGCAUUUGUGGCAGAGCACAUUGAGUAA